AUGUCCGGCCUCACAGAAGCCCAAGUAGCUUCCUUCCACGAGAACGGCUACUUAGUUCUCCCUGAGUACCUCAGCUCCACGGAAGUCACCUCCCUCCUCACAGAGACAAACACUCUGUUAAACGACUUCGAUCUGGACACGCACCCAUUGACCCAAUUUACAACUGGCGACGACGACACAACCGAUCAUGUGGGCGACGACUACUUCCUAAGCUCCGGCGACAAGAUCCGAUUCUUCUUCGAGCCCAAUGCGUUCACCCAAGAACCCGAUCCCUUGACCGGUCGUGCGGCUCUACUGAAGCCAAAGAACCUCGCUGUUAACAAGAUCGGUCACUCAUUGCACAGCCUUUCCGAGCCCUUCAAGGCCGUCUCGCUGAAUGAGCGCAAUGCCGCUGUUGCACGCUCAUUGGGUUUCGUCGAUCCUCGCGUUCUGCAGAGUAUGCUUAUCUGUAAACAGCCCUCAAUUGGUGGUGCUGUGCCCUCCCACCAGGAUUCUGAGUUCUUGUAUACCGACCCGCCUUCUGCUGUUGGUUGGUGGUAUGCGCUUCAGGAUGCGGGACCUGGAAACGGGACGUUGGGAAUGAUUAAGGGAUCGCAUAAGGGAGCGAAGGGCGGUCACAUUAAGAGACGGUUUGUGAGGAAGAGUGGAGGUGUGCCUGGAACAGAGUUUAUUGAGAAUCAGGGACCCAGCUUGCCCAAGGGUAUGGAUGAGGAGAAGGUUUCUGACCCGACUGAGGAGGACCUGGAGAUUUUGAAUGUUGAGGCGGGUUCGUUGGUGCUUAUUCAUGGAAACGUCUUGCAUAAGAGUGAGAAGAACACUAGCGAGCGUAGUCGCUAUGCUUAUACCUUCCAUGUUAUUGAGGGCGCAGAUGGGUGGAAGUAUGAUGAGCGGAAUUGGUUGCAGCCUCCUAAGGAGGGUUUCUCAAAGCUGUUUCAAUGA